AAUUUUUUUUUUUAAACCCUUUGAGCACCCUCUCUCCAUGUUCUGUUACUGCUGAUGCUAGCAGCCGGCCAUUGUGAUGCCAAAAGCAUUGUUGGGUAUCAAGAUUCUAAUCUUUUUGUUGCUGCUUUUCUCUGUUUUCACUGAUUGUUAAAAUCCAAGAUUUCUGCUGGGGAGGAUUCCUGUCUGCAGCAACUCUGAGGUGGUUAGUAACCCCACAGUUCAUAUGGGGCCAGGAGUAUUCAUUAACUCGACAGGGCUCUUCAGAAGAACUAAGUUUUAACUCUCAGGGGAUGGGCUGAUAUUUAACUUGAAAGAAAAUCAUGGGAGAAGGAAUAAAACAUUAUUUUCAAAAAUACACUUCUGUGGGCCAUAUCCGUCAGCCCUUAUUCCGACAAUUGAAGUUAAUGGACUGGAUUCGGAUCUCAUUUCGCCUGAUGUAAAUCCAAAAUGACAAGUAAUCCUGUCAGAGUUACUCUGGAUCUACACCAGCAAAACUGAGAGAGAAUCCAAUCAAAGGGGAGUUUGGAGUAAGGAUUUAGCUUAUUUAAACUAAACGUCUGUCCCUAUUUUGUGACAUGGCUGCAAGAAGUUAACAUAAGUCUAUGGGCCUGAUUCUCCUCUCACUUUCAUCCGUUUUACAGCACUGUAUCUUGACUUCAGUGGAGUUCCUUUUGGUUUUUGCUCUUACUUACACCAGAAUGACUAACGAGGGACACUACUGCAGUCAGUGGACGUUAGACUUGUAUGCAUCUGGUGUGAGAUGAGAAUCAGGUCCUAUAACUUAAGGGCCCAGUCCGGUUCCAUUAAAGUCAAUGGCAAAACUUGUAUUGACCUCCAUGGGAGCAGGGAAGUGGGAGGGGAGGAAAAGGACAAAUAAUUUUAAAACUUACACUGUGGAGUCCAUUCUCUGUCACGCUGUCGAGAACUCCAUUGGUAUAAUGUAUGUGUGCAAGGUCUGUCUCCUGCGUCUAGUGAAUUAUCAGUUUUGAUGGCUGCUUUGUUGGAUAACAACUACCAAGAAUAUCUAUCUAAGCAUCUUGAAAUUCACCAGGCAGCCCUCAAGGCUACUCACUUGUGAUCUGGCUGAAGACCAUCAAGCUGGCUGCUAUUGUGGAGCUGAGGAAUAUAUCAUGCUAUUUUUUCCUGACAUUUCUUUCCAGAUGUUGUGGGCUGAAGGAGGGUCAGUGGUGACCGUUCUGAAGCUACUUUAAUAAGCCUGGAUUUUCAUCGAUGUCACCGUACGGGCUUAUAAUAGGUUCAGAGUUCUUUAUUUAAUGCCCUGACUUAAUUAGUCCCCCUACAACUAUGGAGUGAUGCAAAGAAUUAAUCUAUGUAACAACCCUGCUCAGCCCUCCUUUUUAAGAAACAUCUCCUGAAUGCCCUAAUUUUGGUUUAGGAUACUCUGUUUUCUCAAACUUAUCUUGUAAGAAUGAGGUUAUAAAGAGUGAAAGUCCUCUCAGUGCAGAGGGCCUAAACAAGGCCUCUAGUUAUGGGGCUAGUGGUGUUCUAAAGCUUAUACAGGCCCCCUUGGGAUUGGGGUAACAUUCAUCCCAAGAGUUAAUCAGGUUUAGUGUGCAAAGGCUGGAUUCUUCAGGGCUUUUUUCUGCAAAGCUUCAUUAAAGUCAAUUGGAGCCUUGCCUGAGUAGGGAAUGCAAGUGAGUGUAAGUGAAUGGAGACCUCUGACAUGGUGGAUUUCAUGCCCGGGUGUGAAGGACUGCACAGGGCAUGAUUCUCAUCUCAUCUAUGCUGGUGUAAUUCCAUUGACAUUAGUGGAGUUACUCUGGAGUUACACCAGUGUGAGUGAGGGGGAAAUCAGGCCCGUCUGUCUUUGAUAGGUUUCAAUUAACACUCAGUCAAGACCCUGUUGUAUGCUCCUUAUAAAAAUAACUGUUUCAUAAUCAAUAAAACUUGAGCCAGUAUCAGUGAUAGAAUAAAAAAACCCAGCAAGGAGCUGCCUGGCAGAUUCAGUUCAGAGGUUCUGUUUCUUCUGAAGAAGCUCAUAAUGCGAGAGAACAGCUGUUGUACAUCAAACCAUGAUAAUGAAAAAAAUCCCAGCAGAGAUCUUGGAUGUUUUUAAAUUUUGGACUUGUAACGAUAUUGGCAUCUAAGCAAAAGACACUUGCAAGGCUCAUUCUGGGAAUUUUCUAGCAUGAGCUAGAUCCACCUGUGUGUAUGAGCACAAAACACUUUCAUGACAUUUGCAAUAAUUUUUGACCUACCUCUCAACUGUGACAGAAAACCAUAGAGAUGGGAAAAGGGCCAUUUGGUUGGGGGGAGAACAGUUGUCCCAUCAGGGGUUGUUCCUUAAAUAUAUUUCUUAAGUGUUUUGUUUAAUUCAGCUGGAAAAGCUAAAGGAGUAAAACUGGAUAUCAGGGGUUAGAUUUUUAAAUUUAAGACUCUGUGAGGGUCUCUUGUUAAAUGUUGCAUUUGGCUGCUGAAUUCCAACAAAAGCAACAAAUAAAAUGAGGCGGGUGGUGAUUAUUGAGGAGGGAAGGGUUGUGUGUGAAUGUUCAGUGUUCAAUACAUUAGGAAUUCAAAAGCAGAGGGAAUAGUACCUGAUGAUGGAAUAAUUUAUAGGCAAAGAAGUCUUUUUUGUCUUUAAACAUCACAGAUGUGUUCCAUUUGAGAGGUAUAGUAUGAAUUGUGAUGUCCACUUAUUGCACCAAACGAAGGAGCUGUUAACUGGUGUUUUGGGAUAUGAAUGAAGAGAUUUGUUCACUUAAAAUACUAUUUUAGCACAUAAAACAUGCACUAUAUUAUGCCCAUCUUGCAGUUGCACCUCCAGAGUAUGUUGCUAAAUAGGAUCUGUCUAGGUCAGUACCUGAAUAGGACUCCUCCAAGGAUCACCUGAGGUUCUUCUGCAAAAUUACAUAGGGGAGACAAAAAUCUCACCUUGGGUAGACACCAAAUCCAGCUAGGGCAAGCUCGAGAUGUUUUGCAACUCUCACUGCAACAUGGCUGCACUGUCCUUGCAAUAGAGAGGGAGAACAAGUUCCCUUCUAACUGAUAGAGGAAACCAAGUCCCAGUGCUAAAGGUUCCUGCUGGAAAAUAUAGAAUGCAGGUGAAUUAACAUAAAACAAAGCAAAUGGGUACAAAGUGGAAUGUGUGUAACCCGGGAAAACACUCUCCGAAUAGAAGGCUCAGUCUGGCACUCUGGGUGAUCCCCAGUACGGAGGGCUGCUUGCAAGGCACUGUGGUGUUCUUAAGUCCUCCAUAAACCCUAUUUUCAAGGGUUAAAUGGGAUUUAAAUGGUACGUAGGCCCUUGCAAGUGGACCUUCUGCCCGGGGCUGGGUUUCAGUUGCUGAAAACCCAGAACCUCAGUUGUUUUCAAUGGAAUGCCCAAUACAUACAGGAUCUGAUGCCAGGUCACUUGUAACAUACAAAACUACAUUCGUGCCUAGUACAAACCCAUUAAAGUCAAUGGUGUUACAUAGGGAUGGAUUUUGCCCCAGAGAAUAAAAUGAGCGAUUGAACAAAAUGAUUGAAAUGGCUUCUUACCAUUGGCUGUUUUCAGUUCCCAUAGUUGCACAAAGGUGGACAAGUGAGGGCAGGGGUGUUUUUUCUUUUGUUCCUGCCCUUCCCUCCCGUUUUUGUGUGGGGGCGGGGGGGUUUGUACCUAUAGGUGGCCUUCUGUUCCUCUGAUAAACCGUAAUAUUGGAGUCUUUAAAUGACUGAGAUGAAAUGUUAAAGUGCAAUUAUAAUAUAUUUAAAAAUGUUAUUUCUUCAUUGCUGUUCCCAAUCUCCAACCAGCAGUGCAAUUAAAAAAGCACUCGAGAUAGAGACAAGACUCUUCCCUUGGUUGCAUCUACUGAAUUGUGUGGAAGUGCAUGGGUGUAAUCCUGUAAACAGCCUUAUCCCUGCAAAUAUCAUGGGCCAGUAUCACCAGUACACUUUGCAUCACCACAGCAGCCUAAAGGAGCUAAGUGGCUGCAAACUUGGUUUAAAUGGUUGUUGAAGAUGGGUUUAUUGCUGCUUUUAAUCACUGUAAUAGUACAGAGCAUCCAAAGUGAGGUGGCAAAUUUGGUCCCAAAUCUACAAAUAAACAUGCAUUUAAUUCAUAUGGAAAUCACCUUGAUUUCUUGUAUGUUACUUCCCUCUCUUUCCAUGGUGUCUGUACCUUUUGACAUUACUUUUAGCUUGUGGUAAAAGAACACGACCUACAAAAAUGGAACAGAUGCUAAAAGAACCAAUAGUCCAGCUGUUCAGCGUUUGAUGGUUACAAAAGAAUCUGUCUGUUCUUUAGAUUUUUUUUUUUCUUACAGAAUAUUUUUCAGCCAGUUCAUUUGAAAAGUUGGAUGUAAUUGACUGCUCCCCACAAGCCCUGAGCACAGGAAACAUUCCUGCAUUUUUAUCUUGGGAGAUUUGUUAGUAGGAGUGGUCCGUCUGUUUUUUAAGCAGAUGAAGAAUCUCAUGAACUUGCCUGGCUUUGGAAACACGUCAAGGGCAGGGUGCAAAACACACUAGUAGGACAUGACCCUUAACCUUUUCUCUAAAGAGUAGCCCUAUAGGUAUAUUUCACCACUUUAAGAAGCUGUUCCUGAGUGAGCAAGCAGGCCGAGCCCAGGCUCUGGAGUUUGUCCGCAAGAAUGUCGCCAAUGCCCUCUCUAUGGCUAACCUGAUCAUGGGUCUGUCUUCCAUCCUCUGCAGCCUAAAUGGGCAAUACCAUUGUGCUUGCUGGCUGCUCCUGAUUGGAUUCCUGCUUGACCUAGCGGAUGGAGCGGUUGCUAGGCAACUGAAUGCUUGCUCAGCCCUGGGUGCCAAGUUGGAUGACUUCGCUGACUUCACUUCAUUCGGUCUGGCCACAGCUCUGCUUCUGCAGGCUCACGGGAUCCUGGAUGGCUUGCUGGCUAUCGUCUAUGUGCUCGCAGUCUUUUCCCGCUUGUGCUUCUUCUCGAGUGGAAUCCCUUUCAUGUACCGAGGACUGCCCUGUCCCUAUGCUUCUUCCCUCCUGACUGGCACAUACCUCUUGACUGGGGGCAACCUUGUGGUUCUACGGAUUGUAGCCAUGAUAAUGAUCCUGUUCAUGGUUGACCAGGGCUUCUAUCCCCAUGACAAAGUACUGGAGUCCCAGCUCUGGAAAAAGAUGGUCUAUGCAGGGGGUAUCCUGAUGGUUUUGUUCUCUUCCUAUUCAAUAGUCUCUCUCUACUAUCUCGUUUGGUCUACUACUUACAUCUUCUUCCCAGUCGCCUUGUGGAGCUGCAAAGUUUAACUGCACGCUUGGUAUUGUGUAGAUGAUGACAGCUUCAUGUGUCACCAUGAUAACCUGCCAAAGGCAACACCUGUGACCUAAAUGAAGACUUAUCCUGUGUUAACAUCCAUGAGUUGCCUAAUCCUUACUAAAGGUUUCAUCAUUGCGAUCAUCUAUACUUGAAAGUAACAGCGACGGGAUGUCUUGUCACUUCAAAUAACACUUUCAAACUGGAGUAGUGUUAACGCAGCUCCUGCAGUUCCCCUGCGUGUUUCAAAGUGUUCAUGUAGUGCCUGCUCUCUGACACCACAUGUAAUAACUAACGUGAAGUUUAACGCUUGUUAAUGGGGAAACUUCAUUUAAACUCUCCCAGAUAUUUGAGGGUUUGCUGUAGAUGUGAGUGUACAUAUUCCUUACAAAAAGAUACUGUAUGGAUUUAAGUUGAGAAAUUCAUUUUCAGAUUUUUAUUAUGCUUAAAAUCAUGAAUUUACAAGUUAUUUGCUUCUUCUAGAGUAGUAGGGCAGUAGCCACCCACGAUGGGGGUUCCUCUAACGACCCCACGGGCCCAACCUCGGCUGUGGCUCUGGAAGAAGCCCAGGAAGGCUGAGAUCAGUAUCAGAAGCACUGAGAUUGGUAUCUUAAGCACUGAGAUGUUGAUUUGAAAACUGCUGCUUAACAUCUUGACCCAGUGGUGCCCAACCUUAUUACACGGGAGGGCCACAGGAACUUAAGCACGACCUUGGGUGGGCCAAACAGAUUUGACAGAUUUUAAUCAGAUUUCAAGGCACCUGUAUUGAUUUAUAUUUGAAGUUCAGCUUGUUUCAUAUGUAUUUAGCUAGGUUGUUUCUAUGUACAGUAUUGUCUAUUUACACACUUGUGUAAACUAAAAUGAUGUAAACGACAAAACGCUAAUGAAUCGGCCAUUCCAUAUAUUGUGUUGAAGCAAGAUGUGGGCCUUAUGAAAUGCUCUGGUGGCCUGUAGGUUGGGCUCCCCUGUCCUAACCCAAUGAAAUGGCAUGAAAAUAGUUAGAGUAAGUUUAUUUGUAUAUUUGUAAUACACAGGAGAGCAGAACAGAUGGCUUUUUUCUUAAUGGAUCACGGAGGGCAAUUUGAAAUUGCUCUCAGACCUUCUCAACAACAGCGUUUGCAUUUGCACGAAAGAUGAAAACGUCCCGCCCCUUUCUAGAGGUGGCGCAGUGCAGGGGCACAGCCAGGACAUGUCACUUUAGAAGAGCCAGUGACUAACUGAACAUAAGCACAUUGCUUCCAUUGAACCACCUAGUCCUAUAUUUUCUGCAGAUACUGUAGCUGGGCUUUUAUCCUGCUCCAAGAGCCUUGGCUUCUCAUCAGAGUUAGGCUGAGAAAACAGGGAUCCCUAAAAUGUAGAGUAGUGUUGAUUGGUUAUUUGACUAUUUUAGAUAAUUAUGAACAGCUCCCCAUUGAAAUUUGAGAGCUGUAUAUUAUAAAUUGUAACCACCGACUACUCUAACACUCACAUAGAAGUAAUCAGACUAGCUUGUACUUGAAACGUAUAACCAUACAUACAGUAUACCAGACCAAAACCCCACUGCAGUGGGACCUUACCAUUUCAGAGAAUCCUGUGCGGAAGGAAGGAAAGUUAUGACUAUCCCACUACAAAGCACCUGCCUCUGAGAAGGGAAAAAUGUCUUGCAGACCAGGGGAUAAAGAAUAACCUCUUAAAUGUUUGGGAUCCUGGUGUAACUACAUUGAAGGAUGUGGAGUUGCACCAGGUCUGAACUUGGCCCAGGUGCAGCUUUAUUGCUUUUACUGGAGUUGUACCUACUGAGGUAGGAAUUCGGCCCACUAUCUAAACUUCGCUGGUGAAGGGACUUUACCCAACUGUGAAUUGUCUUGAUAAUGUGAAAACCUCUCCCUAGACAUAACUUGGACUAAGUCUGAGGCUCAGAACUUCACUCCAGAUGACAGACCAGGGAAAUUGACCUAAUACAUAUGCACCUACGUCAGUCCGGGCGUAGCUAGAUCAAAAACUAUUGCAAAACAGUAAAACAAAUGUUUGGAACCACUUGAGACCUGAUUCUGAUCUCUUUGCUGUGGUGUCAAUCUGGAGUAAUGCCACUGAAGUCAGACUAGCAUCUGGGGAAAGCUGGUGUGAGACCAAAAUCAGGCCCUUGCAGUUAAAGUUGGCAUCAGUUGACAAGUUAUGAUCUGAUUCCGAUAAAGAAGUUUAAUUAAAAUAACCAUUAGAUUAACUAGUUUUUAACAUUGGUGUCCUAAUUAACAAUUCAGUCUGAGAGUGCAUUUGAAAAGAAAAUAGCCAAACUACUGGGGUAAGAUCCUUCUGCCUUAAUUUUUUUACAAAUGCAUGUUCUUAUAAAGGUUGAGGUUUUCUCACUUGAGCUGUCUGGGAACGGGGAAAGCAGGUCAUGUAGCACCUAGAUUCUGCCUCCUACCUUCUCUAGGGUUGUGAAAAUAAGCCUUACCUUCAAAAUGUGUCCCCGGAGAAGCAGACUAAUGAGAACUGCUGAAGCAAGUCCUGCACCUUGAAGCUCUCUCUCUAGAGGCCUGAUCCUGCGAGGCACUGAAUGCCUCCUGAGAGAUGCAACUGACUUCACUGGGAACUGAAAGGUGCUCAGCAUUUCACAGUGCCAGACCUUGAUAUUUUGGCUACUUUGUGUUCGAGUCUCGGAAUGACAAAUGAGUCACUUGCAUGCCCCAGGAGGGCCAGUAGAGCAGUCCUUGCAUUCACCAGUGCUAUUCGGGCACAGUAGCAUGUGGGAGCUAUUGCGUGGGUCAAAGCAGAGGUGCACUUGACUGUUUUCGAGCCAUUGGGUCCCUAAUUCUGAUUGCAUCAGCAUCCUUAGAAGUAUCUGAACUCGGUCUUGUGACUAGAGGGGGUAAAGGCUAAACAGUGGCUUCCCAGCUGUGCUCCGAAGUGCCUUUUGGAGCUCUAGUCUCUCUCGCAUUGUGGCUGCUCACAGCCCCUGGAGGAGGGAGUGCCUAAGCUCAGGCCUAGCCGCUGUGGCUGAUUUGAGUGGCAGUGUAUUGCUGCAACCUCUGCAGCCAAAGAACGGCUCCAUUAUGAGGCCAUCAGUACCCACCCCACCCCCGGCCCCCAGAGUGGAGCAAGGAGAGAGAGUAGCUAGGAAUCAACCCAUAUGGUACCUUAUCACAACACAUGCAAAACUGGGGAAAAAACCCAGAAGCUUUACCACUAGGCAUAGCCUUCACUCCAAGAGUGCUCUGGCCCUUCCCAAGGGUUUUUUAAACAUGGCACCUUAUCUGAUGCUGUGACUACGUCUGGUAUUACUUCCAUGUCACCAUCUUUUGUUUGCACAUUUGUUGGCACAACUCAUGGGUUUGAGAGAGCAAAAGCACCAAGCAAGAAGCCGCAUGACAAAAUGGACUGUAGCUCAUCUGUAGCUGGGGUGUGCGAGACCGGAGACUCGCGAAGCUGUUCUGUUCUGCAAUUGAAAUGUGAACAAGAGAACACUCAAUUGGCAGAUGUAUCACAAAUGUACAUAGUAAUUUAUUAUAAGGCAGUAAUUGUGGUGUGGGUUUUUAUUGUUGUUGAAGUCCUGAAUAUAUUUUAAAGAGAAUUAGCUCCAUCCCCACCUGAAUACUGUGGGGACAGAACUCUUUCAUUUCUCCUCCAUUGAUCAAAUCUUUGGUGGGGAAGAAAAUCAUCUGUACCAGCUCUUUUAAAAUAUGACCUGAAGUCUUGAUGUCCAGGAGUUUUAUAAUAUUUAUUUUUUACUGAUCACUGUAGUGAAAUGUAUUUUAUUUCCCCCCUGCAUUUGCUUUAUCUGGGGAAAGGGCGCAGGAAUGGAAAAUUGUACUUGAAAUUGAAGUUCAAUCUCUGGAAAUAAAAUUUUUGGGAAAAACA